GUCAGGGAUUUUUAUAUUCAUUUCAAAUUUCUGACUUCUGGUUUCCUGUUCCAGAGGGUGCUGGACUUUGCCAUGGACAGGAGGGUCUGCCACAAAACCUGGGAAGCCAAAAGGAAAGAAAAAGUUUUCUUCUGUCGACAGAAGUUUGAUCACCGCUUCCAGCCACAGAAUCCUUUGUGUGGAGCCCAGCAAUUUGUGGCCAAAGACCCCCAAGAAGAUGAUGAUCUGAAGCUUUGUUCACACACCAUGAUGCUUCCCACAUGGGGCCAGCUGGAGGGAAGGAUGAUUGUCUCUGCUUAUGAGCAUGGCCUGGAUAAUGUCACUGAAGAAGCAGUUACAGUUGUGGUCUAUGCUGUGGAGAAACAUCUUAAAGACAUCCUUACAUGUAUAAUAUCAAGAAGAAAGGCCUACCGCCUGAGAGAUGGCCAUUUCAAAUAUGCCUUUGGAAGCAAUGUGAAUCCCCAACCUUAUCUGAAGAACAGUGUUGUUGCCUACAAUAAUUUAACAGAGUGCCCGCCUACCUGCUUAGCUCCCCCACCUGGUCACAACGUUGCUUCCCAUCCACCUCCUGAUGAUGCUGAGCAGCAAGCAGCCCUCCUUCUUGCAUGCUCUGGGGACACUUUGCCAGCAACCCUGCCACCUGUGAAUAUGUACGACCUCUUUGAAGCACUUCAGAUCCACCGAGAAGUGGUCCCUGCUCAUACAGUCUAUGCCCUCAACAUUGAAAGAGUCAUUUUGAAGCUCUGGCAUCCGAACCAUGAAGAGCUACAGCAAGACAAAAUCCAUCGGCAGCAUUUGGCUGAGAAGGAAGGACUCCUCAUGUGCUGAAGCAAUAACUAAUUCUAGGCUACUAUUUCUUGGACUUGCCACUUGGGCAUUUGGACUUUGGCAUCACAAGGCUUACAUUAGUGUGCCAAAAUUUCCAAAUGGAAAUGUGGAGAUUUUUCCUAUGGAAAAAUGACUUGAGAAAGAAACCAGAGUGCAUCCUGUUUGAUACCAGCAUGCACAUUGCCUUGACCUCUUUAUUAAUUUGUUGAGUCACAGGCCUUUUUACCAAAGGGAACACCAUUCAUUCUGAAAAUAUUUUGUGUUCGGUUUGAAAAGGAAAAGAGAAGAGUCUCCUUUCUUUUGUUCUUUUCAUGACAUGAAAAAUUAUGAUCUGCCGGUUCCUGCAUUACAGUUUCUUAAGAGUUGCCAAAUAUUAGAAUUGCAGUUUUAGUCACAGACCUGGGCUACCAUUGCAGCUAUGUAGGUGGAUAUGACAAAGAGCUGUGUUUUGUAUAAUGUGAAUUUAUGACAAGUGGGAGAAAUCCUAAUCCAUGUAAAUAAACUUGGUUGCAAGGCA